AUGGGUCCGCGCGGGAACCGGCUGCUCCCCAUUCUCCUAGCCCUCGUCGCCGCGGCGUCUCCCGCGCCGUGGUCCGUCGCCGGUGACGAGAGGGCGGUGGCGGAGGUCUCCGGCGCGCCGGAGGGGGUCGUGUGGGUGGCCCAGCUCUCGGAUCUCCACUUCAGCGUGCACCACCCGGAGCGCGCCUACGACUUCCGGCGAUACGUCGGCCCGGCGCUCGCCAUGGUCAACCCCGACCUCGUCUUCAUCACCGGCGACCUCACCGGUGGUGGCAGUGCAGAAGCAGUUCUUCCAAAUGGCCGUUGCGAAGGGGUCAAUUGGCUUGGUGAUCCAAACAGCCCUGUAGGCCGAUUUGCAAGUCAUAGGCUUGCCAUCAAAACGUCCCGUUCGUUUGUCCAUCACCUGCAAAUUCAAGGAAACAGAUGCAAGCAUAGCGCGAAGGUUUCCCAAUUCGAGUUCGGCGGCAUGAAGGGGAAAAGCAAAGAUCUGCUUACAAUGAAGCAAAAUGAGGUGGAGUGGAUGGAAUAUAGUAGUACGAUGAAGGAUGUCAUUGAGAGUAGCAAGCUUCCAAGAAAAAAAUUCUAUGAUCUGAGAGGAAACCAUGAUAGCUUUGGUGUACCUGUGUCUGGUGGGGACUAUGACUUCUACGAGAAAUAUAGCAUCAAUGCUAACCUAAGACGACAGGGGCGCGUGCAAAGCAUCACUUUGGAGAAUAAUGGCCGGAAGCAUCUGUUUGUUGGCUUCGAUAGCACAAUGGAGAUCGGACUUAGGGGCCCAACCAAUUUAUUUGGGCAUCCAACUGACAAGCAGCUUAUAGAACUGGACCAAUCACUGUCGCAGUGGGACACUGACUUCAACAAGGCUCCAGUCACAAAAAUUACAGUUGGGCACUUCCCGAUGUCUUUCUCAGCAUUGACAGAAUCAGGAAAAAAUAUCAAGGAUGUCUUUCUAAAGCACUCAUUAGCAGCAUACUUGUGUGGACAUCUUCACACAAGGUUUGGCAAGAAUUUGAAGCGUUACUAUCAUCGAGCAACUCAGGAACCAUCACUGUAUGAACACUACUACCAGUCUAACAUGCACCAAGGAUAUGCAAUCCCGAGUGCUGAAGAGAACUGUUCUGAAGCAGCAGCACCUGUUGAGGAGUUCUGGGAGUGGGAGAUUGGCGAUUGGAAAAGGAGUAGAAGUAUGAGGAUAUUAGCAAUUGAUGAUGGAUUUGUCUCCUUUACUGACAUAGAUUUCAGGUUAGGUUCAAAAAGUGUAAUUAUACUAGCUACCUUCCCUCUGGACUCGAGAUCUAUGCAGAGAACAUCUGCUCCUCGUGAUUUCAAAUGUCACGCCAUGGGAGCUUCAACUUUUGACACGGUGAGGGCGCUUGUAUUCUCUCGACAUGAGAUAGUAACUGUCUCAGCAAAGAUAUAUGACUCAAGGCCAGGAAACCUUGAAGUGGUAUUCGACAGCGAAAUGAAAAGAGUGAGUGCCAAUGAUUCUAGAGGAGAUAUGUAUUUAAUUCCGUGGAACUGGAGAGCAUUUGCAGAUCCUUCUCCAGAUCGGUACUGGCUGCAAAUCGAAGCGAUGGAUAUAACAGGUGACAUUAGCGUCAGCCAGUUGAGGCCAUUCUCUGUGAAUGGGUUGUUUGCAGAAGUUAACUGGACAUGGAAGGAAUUUUUCGUGAUGGGCAUCCAGUGGGCGUCGGUAUAUCACCCCGCACUGCAGUGCGUUCUUGCUCUGAUUUUCACACUGCUUCUCGUGCCACGAGCUUCAGUAGUGCUACUUAAGGAUCAACAAUCUGUGUACACAUAUCUGCGUGCGGACGGUGGUCAGUAUACAUCACUGAAGUAUCUACUUGGUGGUUUUAUCUGGCUUUUUGUUGAGCUGUCCAGGAUGGUUCUUGUGUGGUCUUUGCUGUUGGUGUAUAUAAUCUAUCUGUUGGUCUUCCCUUGGUUUUCUGGUCACCCUGUAACAGAGGACAGCAGCCUUGCAUCCAUGACAUUCAGAGGUUGGGCUCUUAAAAGUGGCACGAAAACUUUCCAUGCCGGCACUCCAGACGUCAUGGUCAUCGUUCUACCUCAUCUCUGUUUCGUGGUAUUACCGAUGAUUGCGAUUCUCGCCGCGAUGGCUGCCGAGAGGAUCGCAUUCCGAGAACACUACCUCUCACAGUCAGGAAAGAAGAAAGAUGAUCCUCACCAAAAGAGCAGGAGAGAGGUAGGGCGUGAUAGCUUGUGGAGCGGUCGCUGGAUAAGGAAAAUCCUCAUCGCUUUUUGCCUGGUGGUUCUGUGGAAACACUGGAAGCUGUGUAGAGCUCUUAUGAAGGCCUUUGCCAUGGACCCUCUGCUCCAUUCUCCGGUGCUCUUCUACUUCAUACCGGCUCUCAUGGCGUUUGCUGUCUACAGAACCUCGUCCAUUUAG